GCGCCGAGACCAGCCGAGACGAACGCUACGCUCCGUUGAGCUACGCUCCGCCGUCGGCGUGGGUGUGCGGUGCACGCGGUGCACGCGGUGCGCGCGCUGCGACGUGAGGGAAGUCCAAGGCGAGCUGCGGUGGCGCCGCGUGUGACAGUGCAGUGCUGACAGCGCCUCUACCCGGCCUCGGAGGCCUCGGAGGCCGUGAGGAUGGCCAGGACGUGACCCGAGGCCACGAGGCCCGGUGGACGCCAACCAUGGCUCCAAGAAUGCCUGCCCUCGCCUCCCUGCUGCUGCUGGUCCUGGCCGCAGGGCCGGGGCCGGGGCUGGCCGCGGUGGAGGACGCCGCGACCCUGGCGACGACCGCCCUGUCCUGGAUCCGGCUGGAGCCGUCCAAGAUGCUCGCCGCGGUGGAGCACCUGCAGGGGAGCCUGUGUCGCAACCACACCAAGCAGCUCCUCGACGCCUACCUGGCGGCCGACCAGGCCGAACAGGCCGGCAAUGCCUGGGCCAGUCGCAUGGUGGACGCGAUGGCCAAGUCCGGACAAGACCUGCUUCGCGGCAGCCAGUACCAGCUGGGCAGCUUCGACGAGUGCCUGCGGAUGGCGGCGGCGCCCGUCCCUCCGCAGUACUGCCUGGCCGAGGUGCGCCUGAGCGUCGAGACGCCCUCCUCCAGCAGCUCCAGCAGCUCCGGCACGGACAACGCCACCUCGGCGCGGCCGGCUCGGCCCCAGGCUGCGCCGACAUCGGGCCGGCUGCUGACCUCAGACGACGUCAAGGCCGACGCCUUCCAGCCCCUCUGGCCGCUCAGGAACAAGGUUGGCGGGCGCUUCUGGACGCCGGCCUCGGCGUCGCAGUGGGUGCGCUGGGGUGCUUGCCUGCCGGCGGCGUGCUCCCCGCAGGACGCCCGCACGCUACUGGCCGCCGCCAUCCACCUGGACCGCGCCAACGCCGGCGUCGUGUUAGACGUCAGCAUCCCGGAGCGAUCCUGCCAGGACAAUGCCGUCAAGCCCUUCCAGGGCCCGGAGCUGGUGGUCAUAGGCGUGUUCAUCGGCUUCCUGUCGCUGCUGGUCAUCGCCACGGUGUACGACGUGUUCCUGUCGCCGGAGUCCGAUCUCGACACGAAAGGUAAACGAGCGCGGGGUAUCGCCGCCGUCGCCGCCGUGGAGGUCGAUACCCCCUGCUGA